AUUUUCAGCACAUUGAGAGGCAGGUAGACCCCCCAAAAAAGCACCUUCCCUUCCCAGAGCCGGCCAAAACAACAGAACCCGUGUAAAAGGUAGAGUCUGUGAAGUUGAGCUUGAAUGAAGUCUUCAGUUUUGUUUUUGGUGGUUGUAUAUUUCUUCCCAAGGUGGUAAUGGCUGUAUCUGGAGGGGCAUGCGAAACAUUGGAUGAUAUUCCAGCCCAUGUAUGGAGAGGGCUUCCAGACAGCGUGAACCUGAGCCCAUCUGCUGCCAAUCCGAACCGUAUAGGUGUCUGGGCAUCGAGCCUAAUUCCUAAAGGAAAGAGGUUUGGCCCUUUUGUAGGAGAGAGGAAGAAGAGGUCUCAAGUGACCAGCAAUGUUUACAUGUGGGAGGUAUACUUCCCAACUCGGGGAUGGAUGUGUGUGGAUGCCACUGACCCCAUGAAGGGAAACUGGCUGCGGUAUGUGAACUGGGCGUGCUCGACUCAAGAGCAGAACCUGUUUCCCAUGGAAAACAACAGGGCUAUUUACUACAAAGUAUUGAGGCCAAUCGAACCAGGCGAAGAAUUGCUGGUGUGGUACAAUGGGGAAGAAAGCGCAGAGAUAGCAGCCGCGCUGGAGGAAGAAAGGAGCAGCAGCUCGGGCAAAAAACACUCACCAAGGGCAAAACGAGCAAGAAGGAGGCUGGUGGAAAAAGCCAGACAGGCUGGUUUGGGAAGAUUAUCUGAGGACAAGCCUUCGAGUGCAUCUAAACCUACAGUUGCUGAGAUGCGUGACUCAGAGGAAGGGGUGAAUAAAGAGGAAGGUACACCUUCUGCAUCUUCAGAGACAGCCCAGGAGUCUAUAGCUUCUCAGGAGACACAGGACUCCUCUCCAUCUCAUGUUCCAGCAGUGGAGAUGGAGCAGAAGGAGGGGGAGGACGUAGAUCAGGGAAAAAUGGAGCUGCCUCAGCCACAGAAAAGCCCAGAGCACCCUGUUGAGACAGAGUCAGCAGACAGGAAAGAACAGCCUGACCCACAAUUAAUUCCUGGCAACCCUGUCAAGGAAAGCUCCGUGAGUCCUUUGCGUGAAGCUGAGUUUAUGUCCUCUUUGGUGUCUCCUGAGUUAGAUGCAGAGGGGGAUCCUGACUUUGAGGAUGACGCACAGGGUGGAAAUGGAAACCACCAUUGCCAGCACUGUGAACGCCAUUUUUCCACCAAACAGGGUCUGGAGCGUCACACUCAUAUUCAUACUGUUGCAAAUCACCAGACACAUACCUUCAAAUGCAAAUACUGCACCAAGCCGUUUGGCUCUCAGGUAGGCAGGCGCAGACACGAAAGACGGCACGAGAAUGGGAGUAAAAGCCUGAAAAGGCCAUCUUCACUUGCAGGAACAGCUUUUCCGCUCAGUCCCACUAGGCUUAAUGACUCUCCUCCAACCUCUGAUGGUGUGACAUCUCCAAGCCCUACCAUUAUGAGCUCUCAGAAUGGUCCACCUCAGCAAGGCUCAGAUGCUUCAAGUAAAGAUGCUGUAGUGGAGCCUGAACAGACUUUCAUUUUAGAUGAGAAUGGGGAAUCAAAAGAACUACACCCUUGCAAGUAUUGCAACAAGGCCUUUGGCACUCACACAAACAUGCGCAGGCACCAGCGAAGGAUUCAUGAACGCCAUCUAAUGCCAAAAGGUGUUCGAAGGAAAGGAAUUCUCUUACAGGACAUGCCAUCCCAACAGCAAGAGCAGGGCCCAACCACAGCACUCCAGAAGGCUUCUCCAAAUGCCAGCCCACCUCCUAUCUAUGUACCCAGCGUGGACACAGAUGAUGAGGGAGAACGAGAGGAAGGCAUGGUGGAUAUCUCCAAAAACAUCUCUGAGAACCUCAGCCUUUACAUAGAUGGAAAGAUCCUGUCCACAAACACUGUUAGCAGCUGUGAAGUGAUAGAGGUUGACUCAAGUACUGCUGCAUUGUUUGGUCUCGAUGCAGUCAUCUUGAAUCCUAAUCAGAUUAGUCAAGCACUUAAAGUUGAAACACAGCCUUGUAACCCUGCAAACGAGCUUUCAGUCACAGCUCAGUUGGUUCCUAAAAGGAGAACUUCUACACCACCACUUCUUCCUACUGUGAAAACGGAAUCUGAAACCAUGUCAUCUACUGCCUCUUCUUCAUCUACUUCCUCUCAAUCACCCUUAUUGGUAGGCAAUGUCUUCCCUCCAUCCACAGAAUCACUGGCCUUUCAAAAGGAAAAAAACAUUUAUCUCUCUCCUAAAUUGAAACAGCUUCUGCAAACCCAGAACAGUCAGAAACCAACUCUUGCUCUAAUUGCAGAUAGUCGCAGAUUGACUACCCCACUUUCCGUAACCUCCUUGCCUGCUGCUCAAGGGAAAUUUAAAAGAAGGACUGCUUCCCCUCCUACCCCUGUACAAAGCAGCUCUUCACUGAGCCCUGAAAGCUCAAACAUCGAAACAGCGGAUAAAUUUACCCUUAAGGUGCCAAAGGUCGAAAGCCAUUGCACCGGCCAGUCCUGGACUUCAUCCAACAAAGAUCAGAGGGACUCCCUGAGUCCUACUGGAAAGGACUGGCCAGCUUCAAUAAGUGGUGGCAAUUCUUGCAAUCAGCAGCCUCUUGACCUUUCCAGUGCUCUUAGCAAAAGAGAAGGCUACAUAAGCAAAGGGCCUGGUGAGUCUGUGCUAGAUUUAAGCAUGCACCGUAAGGGCAUGACUCAUCAUGAGACAAAAACAAGCAUGUCUUUACCACCACAUGUUAAGAGAAAGAAGCCCAACACCAGCAUGUUAGAGAAAGUGCUAAUGAAUGAGUAUGCAGGCCUAAGCUCCGCUGGAGAGGAAGGUUCUACUAGUCUUGGAAGCCCAGAUCCUCACUCGUCUCCAGGCAGUGCCACAGGUGCAUCCCCCACUAGUCCUUGUUCUAAUUCAGAAAAUCCUCAGUGUGAUUCUUCUUCUCCUCCUUCCUUGACCCCUGUUACUAUGAACCCUUCUUCUCCAUCGUCAUCUAGCUUGGCAUCCUCUACACCUCCACCUCCUGUUCUGCCCACUGUCCCCUCACCACCACCUCUUACUCAGUCUCCAGACUCAUCGUUUCCUAAAUUAUCUCCCAAACCUGUUGAUCAUCCACUAGAGGAAAUGUCACGAUCCUCUAAUGUAACAGAAACAUGUGAUGAUACAGUGAAUCUGAACAUUAAAGACUUGGACCAAACUGCUGAGCAGUUAGAACCCAUGACUGAUGCACUGCCUCAAAGUCCUCAGGACACAAAAAGACAUUGUAAAGCAGAUUCCUUUUCAAAAUCUGAAACACUACUUAAGGGCUCAACCUCUGAAUUUAAGCUUCAUUUGCUAAAAAAUGCAAAUCAUGCCGUUUCUUCCUGUGAAAGGAGUACUGACUCCGAAUCCAGCCAAAGUAAUUCCUUUGAUGGAACUUUCCUUCCAGACCUCAAUAUUGAAACCGAGGGUUGUCAAAAACCACAGUCCCCUGACUCUCCUGUACAUGUAAGUCCAAAUUUGGUGUCACUCUUUCCAUCGCACAAAGUAGAAGUAUGUUCUUCUAAUCUUGGGCCAUUAGAUGAUAAUAACAAGGCCAUUAAUGAACACGUAACUAUUGAAAAGGCGGGUGAAAUUGCAGCCGAUACUGAUAACAUUUCAUCAUCAGCCUUAUCCAGAGUGGCAGCAAAUUCUUCUGAUGCAGAAAUGUUAGAGCAGGAGACAUUUACAAAGAGCUUUGUAUGUAAUGUCUGUGAAGAGCCUUUCCACUCAAUUAAAGGACUUAGCAGCCAUAUUAUGCAGCAUGCUUUAGAAUGGCCUUUCAAGUGUGAGUUUUGUGUGCAGUUAUUUGGAAAUGCUACAGCCCUGUUGGAGCACCGCUCCUCUCUCCAUGGAGUUGGGAAAAUUUACGUUUGCUGUCUCUGCUCCAAGGAGUUUGCUUACCUCUGCAACCUCCAGCAGCACCAGAACGACCUGCAUCCAGGCCAGAGUUGUGCUUACACCUCAGUUGAAAACGGCAAGCUCAGGCCUCAAAAUUACACUGAUCCUGCUCAGGCCGAUAUGGAGAGAAAUUCCUUGCAUUCAACCCCUGACACAACUGUAGAUGUUGCCUCUCAGGAUUCCACUGGGCUAUGUAGCACUAAUGACAUUAAAAAGGAAGAAAACGAUGAUUUAGAUGGCCAAGAGGACCCCACAGAAGAGUUGUACACUACAAUAAAGAUUAUGGCGUCUGAGGCUGGAAAACCCAAAGGCCCAGAUGUGCGCCUUGGCAUUAAUCAACACUACCCCAGCUUCAAGCCUCCACCAUUCCCUUACCACAAUCGAACACCUGCUGGCUCUGUGGCAUCCGCAACUAACUUCACCACCCACAACAUCCCCCAGACAUUUAGCACAGCAAUCAGGUGCACCAAAUGUGGCAACAGUUUUGACAACAUGCCAGAACUCCACAAACACAUCUUAGCUUGUGCAAAUGCUAGUGAUAAGAGGCGGUACACUCCGAAGAAGAACCCCAUUCCUUUAAGGCAGAUAGUGAAACAGCUUCAAAAUGGUGUCAUUUCAACCAAAGCAGCAGCAGCAGCUACUGGAGGGCAGAAUGCCUUCCGUAGAAUGGGUCAACCCAAAAGGCUUAAUUUCAGCCAGGAGAUACCCUCCAAGCUAAAACUGACUGCUUUGAACAAGAAGAAAAACCAGCUUGUCCAAAGGGCAAUAUCUCAGAAGAACAAAGCUGCUGCUGCUUCUAUAAAGAAAGCUUCUGUUCAGGUUAAGGAGGAAGAACUGCCUAUCAAUGUAUGUCCAUAUUGUAGUCGGGAAUUUACAUACCCUGCCAGCCUCUCGAAGCAUGUUGCAUGCAGUUGUCCUCAAAAACCAGUUGUUAAGAAAAAGAAAGGAGCAUUAAUGCCUCAAGACAAAAAUAUGAAUCUCCGGAGUCGAGCCACAGAUUCUGAAGUCAAACAAGAAGCUGACUUGGGUGUUGCUGUGCGGCCUCUGGUGAAAACACGGACCCGGAACUCAGAGCCGUUAGAGAAUGAAGUUACAACAGCAAACAAAGGUAAAACAGGGAUGCCUCAGGUACGUGCCAAAAGGCCUGCUUCCAAUACCUCUAAUAUAGACAGCAUGGCACCCAAAAGCAAGAAGGGCAGAAAGAGCAGCACUCACUCUCCAGUUCCAAUGUCCUUGCCACCGGUUAUUAUGAAUGAUGCUGUGGCACGGCCAGCCUCUAAAGCUCAACGUGGCAGUAAAGACAUGGCCCCAAAGAAAGAAGUGGAGGCCAAAGUGCCAGUCCAGAUUAAAAAAGAGGAACGAUUCUCCAAGAAGAUGCGGGAGAGAGUGGGUGGUCCAGUUACACGCAGUCUGCAGAUGGCUAAUGCUGAGGCGAAGAAUGAAGACCCUCCGAAUAAUGAGUCUGGACCUGGGGAAUAAAAGGAAUCUCUCUUGAAUCCCCCUGAUAUCUUGGUAAAGCUCAGUGGACUUUAGAGAAACUCCAAGCAGGACCGCUGGUGAGAGACAUGCUGAUGAACUUGAUCUUCUUGAAUUGGAUUAUUAGAUGGAUCGGAAAAAUAUUCAAAGACAUCAGGAGCCUUAUCUCUACUUGUGUGCUUCAGUUUGGCUGACAGGAGCAUGUUCUAAAUGCACUUUUCAUAAAUGAGCCUUUUGUUUGGUUGUGCAACCCAAAAAAGAAGAGAAGGACUGUAGAUUAUGAGGAAUAUAUAUAUAUAUAUAUAUAUAUAUAUAUGUAUCUAUAUCAAAAGGAAUAUUACUUGAUUUAUAAAUAAUGGCCCUGCGGUUCCGUUAAGAAUGGUGGCUGGUUGUAUUGCAAAAAGGCAAUCAUUUAUCACUUGUUAACACGGCUGUUUUUGGUAUUCCGUGCGCUUAUUUUCAUUUCUUUGUCCUUUGUGUUCUGUGAAAUUUUUAGCAUUCAUCAGUCUCUUACUGCAUGUGCUAUGUAUACAGUAUAGCUUGACUGACCCUUUUAUGUCAAUACUCUAUUUUGUCCUGCUCUUCUUUUACAAAUGCAAAAAGAAAAAGAAUAUAUAUGGAUAUUUAAUUUAAUGUUACGCUCCAUAGGGAAUGCAAUAUUUGUUGAAAUGAAGCUCUCGCAUUAGGGGAGGUUGGCUCUCUCGCUCUCUCUUGCUUUUUUUUUUUUUUUUUUUUUGUGAACACAGUAAUGAAAGCUGUUUGAUACAGUCGGAAUGAGUGGGCGAUGAUGGUCUGCUGUAUGUAUGAUAUUAUAUCCUUGCCUGAACAAGCCAACCCUUAAGCAGUUUGUGGUUUUGUCAGUACUUUUUAUAAUUCAUAGCAUUAACAGCAGGGCUGCUGGCCAUUAUAACUACACUAAAGCAUACAACUGAGCAAAAACACUGAAGAGUAGCGGAAGAUUGCUUAUUCUCAGAUAAAACAAACAUACGAGGACAUUAAAAUAGUGCCAUGAUGGACAUUAUAUUAUAUAAAUGUCUGCUUGACUGUUUUCAGAUGAAACUUACUUUAUGUAGGCAAAAAUUUACCUUGAAUGAAAAUCCAGAAUAAUGUAUUAUUUGGGCUGCAAAAACAGUAUGUUUUGAUAUAAAGCUUUUGUAAAUGCAUUGUUUUUCCUCCAUUCUUUUUAGUAGGGCUGCCAAAAUGGGUUUUUGAUGAUGUUACACACUGAUUGCUGAUAUCAAGGGUGGAUUCAUGAAAUGAUGAAUAAGACCAGUGUGGAUGAUGGUUUUUGUUUAUGAAUUUUGUGAAAUUACACUGAAGCUUUUAGGAAAAAUAGCUUAUAUUUUACACAUUUCCAGGUAUGAUGUAAUGACAAGUUUAUGAGUUCAUAUGUAACUUGCCAAGCCUACAAUAGGGAUGGUUGUGGUCAUUGAGAUAUUGCAAUUGAUCUUGGUAUUCAGUUCCCUAUCUAUGUUCAUGGGUAUUCAAGAAAUAGUCAUGUUUACAUGACUUUUGUACAUAUUUUUUAUGUACAUAUGUAAAUCUUUCCCCAAAUAAAAAUAGUUAUAAAUAGCAAAAAAUGUAUUAAGCUGUAAUUUGCUGAAAGUAUUAUUUAAUCAAUGUAUGAAUGUCUGUGAGAAGCCUGAGUGAUGUCAAAAUGCAGACAGCUUGAAGCUCAUUCAUGGUGUAGGCUUGCAUGGAGUGUUGAAUGAGACAGCAGAAUUACUUUCCAACUGUAAUAGACUAAUUGGUUUCUGUUGUGAAUGACCUCAGGUUUAGAGCUGCUUUCGAUUCAGGUGAUCAUGAGAACCUAAUCCACUGUCUUGAUAACUGUGUAGACCUCUCACACACAGACUUGGAAAGGUGAAUAUGAAAUAUGCAAAAAUGCAUCAUCAAAAAUUGUAGGGCCUUUGUUAUUCUCUUUGCAUGUUAUCUCUCAGUAAGGUAAUCAGGAAACACUUAAUUUUUAUAGCUGUGUUCAUAUGGAAUUAUACAUUUCCAAUCUUUCUGAUGGUCAAGACAGAAAUACAAAACUUGGGUGUAAUCUUAGACUUGGAGAUGUUUUAUUCUGCAUGUACAUGCAGUUACUAGAACAGCUUUGUAUCAGUUGAUAAAUAUUGCUAAAUUUCAAACUUG